CCCACGUGCCUCCUCAGCAGCCGCCGGAAGGGGCCCAACGGCCACUUCCGCCCCGCCCGCCCGCUUCCGGCGGUGCCGGAGCGGGGCCGUCAGGCAACGGGGCAAACCCUCCCUGGGAGGGCGGUGGCGGCGGCGGGAUGUCGUCGGCGGGGCUGGAGCGGCCGCAGCUGGUGGCGCACGUGCAGCAGGCGCUGAACUACACCCUGUUCGACUGCAAGUGGGUGCCCCGCAGCGCGCGCCUCCUCUGCCUGGGCAGCGCCGCGCGCGGCACCGGCAUCCUCCAGCUCUACGAGCUGCAGGGCGGGCGCCUGGCGCUGCUGCGGGAGAUUGAAAAGGCUAAACCUAUAAAAUGUGGAACUUUUGGUGCUACAUCUCUGCAGCAAAGAUACUUAGCUACAGGAGAUUUCGGUGGUAACCUUAACAUAUGGAAUUUAGAAGCUCCUGAAAUACCAGUGUAUUCUGUGAAAGGUCAUAAGGAAAUCAUAAACAGUAUAGAUGGUGUAGGUGGCUUAGGAAUUGGGGAAGGUGCACCAGAAAUUGUGACUGGCAGUCGAGAUGGAACUGUGAAGGUAUGGGACCCAAGACAGAAAGAUACUCCAGUUGCUAACAUGGAACCUGUACAGGGGGAGAGCAAAAGAGACUGCUGGACAGUAGCAUUUGGCAAUGCUUACAAUCAAGAGGAACGUGUUGUAUGUGCUGGAUAUGACAAUGGGGACAUUAAAUUGUUUGACUUAAAAACCAUGUCACUACGAUGGGAGACCAACAUUAAGAAUGGGGUUUGCAGUGUGGAGUUUGACAGAAAAGAUGUAAAUAUGAACAAGCUAGUGGCCACAUCGCUUGAGGGAAAAUUUCAUGUUUUCGAUAUGAGAACUCAGCAUCCAACCAAAGGUUUUGCUUCCGUUUCAGAGAAGGCGCAAAAAUCUACCAUAUGGCAGGUUCGGCACCUACCACAGAACAGAGAUGUAUUUAUGACGAGUGGAGGAGCUGGGAGCCUUCAUCUCUGGAAAUAUGAGUACCCAGCUCAGCGCUCGAAGAAGGAUUCUGAAGGAGCUGAGAUGGGGGUGGCAGGCUCAGUCAGCCUCCUGCAGAAUGUGACUCUGUCAACACAGCCAAUUUCUAGCCUAGACUGGAGCCCUGACAAAAAGGGACUGUGUGUUUGUGGUGCCUUUGACCAAACUGUGAGGGUACUGAUAGUUACCAAGCUUAACAAAGUUUGACAGGAAAACUAGAAUUUCUGACGAGAAAGCAAUAUAGUUUGCAGUCUGUAAAUAUGGAAGGGAGAGUCCUCCUGUUUCUAAUUUAAUUUCUCCCUUAUUAAAACUGGAUUAAAGAAAUAGAAACCAGAUCUUUCUAUUGAAAGUUCAGAUACAUGCAGUUGGACUUGUUGGACUGUGCUGCAAUGAGUUGGAAGUUGCCUGGGCACAAAACUUUUACCUUCUAGAAAUGUGAAUUUACAUUUAAAAUAAAAUGUGCCUUUGUGCUAACGCAACCUGUAAUUUCAGAAGUUGCUUUAAAUUGUUUGUGUUCAGUUUAAUUGCAGUGCAUAUCUGUUCACACUUGUUAAAUGGUUUGGCUUUUUUAUAUAUAGUAUUGUCCAUAUGCAUUCAUGCAAUGGAAACUGCUAUGUACUCCCUCACAGAAACUCUUUGUGUUAUUGGUUAGAUUAAUCAGAAUGUUUGUUAAUGUGAUUCGUUCAUACGCUAUAGAAACUAUAAUGAAUACUGAAAUAUUCAGGUUUAAUGGAGUAAGCUUUUUAUUGAAGAUCAUAUUGAAAUUAAACUAUUGAGUAAAAUGCACUGGUUUAUUAUUUUAGUUUGGUUUUGUAACAACUUUUUAUGUUCUGUUCGUUUUAUAUCUGUUUGUAAUCUGGUAUUCUCCAAAUAAAAUUAUAUGGAGUGUUGUCUUAA